AUGGUUCAUAUGGUUGCGGAAAAUGUUUGCAAGUUUGUUUUGAAUCGUUCUUCUCCGUUUGUCGCCCUAAUUUCAGGGUCUCAAAAUCAGACUUUGCUGACAGACUUCUCCAUCAGAUCCUACGACGCAAUCGAUACACUUGCAAUGACUAAACCAGAAAUCACAGGGAAAGAGUUGGUACCUGUGGCAAAUGCUCAACCAUUAGCAAUGAUUGACCAUCAAAAACAGAUGAGGCAGAAGAAAUCACCAAGGAAACGGACAGUAGACCCAACUGUCAUAAAUAUUGAAGACAGUGAGGAAAAGUCCAAGGUCGUCAAGUCUGCCUCACCCACCCCCCGGAAAAAAGUGGACGGAAAAAAGAGUAAAGGACUAGUAGUUGAUGAUGAAACACCAACUGUACAGAAAUCACCUACCCCAACUAAAAAGGUGAUGCCGACAAGAAUCAAGUUCACAGACCAUGGUAAAAAGCCAGAGACUGAAAAUGUUUAUGAGAGAAAGAGGAAAAGGGCAAAAAGGGAAGAUGAAGGAGUUAUAAAUCUGCAAUCCCUGACAAAGAGAGUGACACGUUCUUCUGAGGCAGUGCAUAAAUUGAAAAGGGGUAAGGAUGAAGAAGAAGAUGAGUGGGAUGAAGAAGAGAGGGAUGAAGAAGAAAAGGGAAAGGGGAAGAAAGGGCAUAAAAGUGAAGGGUUCAAGGGCAAACGAAAACAAGAAAAAGUAGAACCUGGGAUGUCUAAUAAUCCCCGGAAUGUAAAGAGACAUAUUCAGUACAGGUCAACUUUAAAUACUGUGGUAAAACUGAUAAGGAGUAUUCCUACCGGGGAAUUCACACCACUUCAAAUUCAGGAGAUCAAUAAAACACCAUUUGCGAAAAUUUUGUUGGGUAUUGUAGAAGCAAAAAUGGAUGAGGCCUACGUAAGGAAGAGCGAUACCGACGUUUUAAAGUUGGUAAAACAAUAUGAGGGUACAAGUGGGAGAUUCAAAUUGGGUGGCAAGUCUGUGAAAAUAACGGCGAAAGAGGUUACACUCAUAUUUGGAAUACAAUCUGGUCCUAAAAGGAUUGUACUAAAUCCAACUCCAAGGGUCCCAAAAUCAGACUUCGCUGAUCGUCUUUGCCCGGGUCCCAAAGGCCAAAGGAUAUUAACAAUUCCGUUACUAAGGGAAUUCUUUACCAAGGCUGUUAAAGGCACCACUUUGCAGGAUGCGAAUGAUUUGGCGCGUGUCCUAUGCCUUUUGUUAAUAGGGACAUUAUUUUUUGCAAACACACAAGCCAGAGUGAGUUGGGGUUACUUGGAGUUCGUGGAAUAUUUGGAUAAUAGCACCUCCUACGAUUGGGCAACCUUCAUCACCGAAGACGUUAUCCAAGAAUUGAACAAAAGGGCUUCUUUGAAACCAACAAAAGUCGGAGGAUGCGUAAUGGGACUUAUGUAUUGGCUUUGUGAGCACGUGUCUUUAAUUAAUCAGGGAGAUCCACAAAUCAUACCAAGGUUCAUCAAGUGGAGGAUUGGUGACCUAACAAAUGCACUGCGUACAAACAACUUGGACUCUCUUGAUCCGCAGUUGGUAUUAUCUUCAGAAUUGGAGCCAAGCGACGCGGAGGAAGAAUUGUAUAGGUUUUCCCUAGUCCCUGAUGUCAAGACUGAUGUCAAGGCUGCUAAGUUGAAGACGGCAGUUGACAAGUCGGGCGAUGAGGUCGUGGAGGAUACGAGUGAUGAGGAAACAGAAAGUGAGCAGGAUGAAGUGGUAGACCUACUAGGUAUAAUCAGAACCUUGACCGAAAAUAAUGCAGAAAAGGACCAUAUAAUUUCUGAACUUCGGAGGGAAAACAAGGAGAAAUCUGACACAAUAGUUGAACUUAGGAGGAGGAUUACAAAGCAUACACAAACCACAACACCUGGUUUAGGAUUCGAAGGCAUCUCCGCACAAUUUGAUAAAGACCACCUAGAGCACGAAAAUGUUACGUUACAUACGGAGAUAGGCGGCAUGCUCAUAGAGAAAGACAUUGUUGAAGAAAAACUUGAAGUGGCCGGAGAUAUAAUUGAUGAUUUUGUGACACAUGCUGUAACACAAACGUACAAGCCAGUUGAAGAUGUGGGCGAGAAGGAAACCAAGUCUAAAGAACAAGAAAUAGAAAAUGUGGAAGAAGAAGAAGAAGAAGAAGGGGGGAUUGAAUUUGUCCAGGAUGAGGGUGGGCCAGAGUACAUAAUGCUGCCAGAUGCAGAAGUGGACAGUACGACUGUUGAAGCAUACACGAGUAUACUAGAAUGCGACACACCGAAAGGGAAGAGGGGAAAAACGAAAGUAAAAGUGAAAUCAUCGUCGCUAACUAGAGGAGUGAAAAAAAAGUUCACCAGAGUGGAGAAGCGGUUAGACGAUUAUGUCUACAGUGAUUUGCAAAAGGGGGCAAAGAAUAAAUUGAAACAAAAGUGGAAUCCUAGUGCAGCACCGUUGAUUCACUUGCUAUCGAAUACCGAUGCGAAGCUAUUGCAACAAAUCGUUGACUGUUCUGACGCAGAUCUCACUUGCACUGUCUGGACCAACGAUGUGACGAGAGAAGUUGUACCUCUAGAAGACAUACUGAAACUAUUACAAGGAGGGGACGUCUCAAACUGGAUGAUCGACGGUCUAACUCGUAUGCUAACGAUCCAGCUGGAUAAUGAUAAAUACAACCACAGUAACGUUGCAUAUUUCCCAUGCACCAUCUGGACUAUACUGAACACCCCGAAAAGCGAUAUGAGAGCAGUUCUACUCGACAAUAAGCUUGAACGUGUGUUUGAAAACGUCCGGAAAAAUGGGACUAAAUACUAUCGUUACUUGAAAAAAUAUGUGGAGAAUUACAUGAAGGAGAUGCAUGCUGAGAUGAAGAACCAAAGUGCAGGUACGGAAAUACUCUUUGAAGAACAGAAUUUUGAUGCUCCAAUCUUCUCACCUCAACAUGCCCCACAACAAGAAAGUACAUCGGUUGAUUGUGGUGUUAUUGUGUGCAUUCUCAUGGAAGUAUUGGCGCACCUUGAGCCAAUCCCAAAAACAUUGACAAAGACUGAAAUUGACAAGUAUAGAGCCGGUUUAGUAUCUCGAUUUUUGAACGAUGAAGGUAAAAGCUGGACGAUAAAGAAAUGGGAAGCAAGAAGGAUGGGGAAGGAGUCGCAAUGA